ACUCUGACAUUUUAAAGUGUUACGAUGAUCACGUUGCGUCGGUGUGUAAGGUGGGCAAUAAUGUUGGGUAAAGUUUUCGUUGCUUUGCCUUAGCUCGUGUAUUAGCUUUAGCAUUAGCACCACCUUGCACAACGUGUUCAACAAGUUUCGGACUAUUAUUAGCAAAGAUCACCACUUUGGCUCCGAUUGGUAACACCACAGGACUUUAUUAAGGAGUAGCAAUAGUUCAUUCGGGCCUCCUUAUUAAGGAAAGUGUUGUUAUCGCUUUUUUUUUUAUCGUGCCCAUCUCACGUGAACACGAUGCCUGAAACUUUACGUUGGACCAGGCCCUAGUUGGAAAGUAUUGGACACGGCGGUGCUUGCAACGUUGCUAACUGACUUUGAGGCUCAUCCUUGCUCAGUCUAACCAUUAGAACGCAGGACCGCCACGCAAAGCAUUCACCCCCAGGAUGGAGUGGCAGCCCGAUGAGCAGGGACUCCAGCAAGUCCUCCAGCUGCUAAAGGACUCUCAGUCACCUGACACGGCAACACAAAGAGCUGUCCAACAAAAACUUGAACAACUGAAUCAGUUCCCCGACUUCAACAAUUAUCUCAUAUUUGUCCUCACGAGACUCAAAACUGAAGACGAGCCGACUCGCUCUCUCAGCGGUCUGAUACUAAAGAACAAUGUUAAGGCUCAUUACCAGAGCUUCCCACCAACUGUUGCCGAUUUCAUCAAGCAGGAAUGUGUCAACAACAUUGGUGACCCCUCACCCCUCAUCCGUGCCACUAUUGGCAUCCUGAUCACAACUAUUUCCUCUGAGGGAGAGCUGCAGUCAUGGCCUGAGCUCCUGCCUCAGCUCUGCAACCUCCUCAACUCUGAGGACUAUAACACAUGCGAGGGCUCGUUUGGAGCAUUGCAGAAAAUCUGCGAGGAUUCGUCAAAGUUGCUGGACAGCGACGCUUUGGACAGACCACUAAAUAUCAUGAUACCGAAAAUUCUACAGUUCUUCAAGCAUUGCAAUCCAAAAAUUAGGUCCCAUGCCAUAGCCUGUGUGAACCAGUUCAUCGAUUGCAGAGCACAGGCCCUAAUGGACAACAUUGACACCUUCAUAGAGAGCCUCUUUUCCCUGGCUUCUGAUGAGGAUUCUGAGGUCAGAAAGAAUGUUUGCCGGGCUCUGGUCACGCUUCUGGAGGUCCGCAUUGAUCGGCUCAUCCCCCAUAUGCACAGCAUCGUCCAGUACAUGCUGCAGCGCACACAGGACCCAGAUGAGAACGUAGCUCUGGAAGCCUGUGAGUUUUGGUUGACUCUAGCAGAACAGCCCAUCUGCGAAGUGGUGCUAUCUGGACAUCUGGUGCAAUUGAUUCCCAUCUUAGUAAAUGGGAUGAAGUAUUCAGAGAUAGACAUUAUACUUUUGAAGGGAGAUGUGGAGGAAGAUGAGGCCGUACCAGACAGCGAUCAGGACAUCAAACCACGAUUCCACAAGUCGCGCACUGUCACCUUGCAGCACGACGGCUCAGAGGGAGGGGGCAGCGAAGACCCUGAAGACGACAAUGACGAUGACACACUGUCUAACUGGAACUUGCGAAAGUGUUCUGCAGCAACACUGGACAUUCUUGCAAACGUGUUUCGACAUGACCUGCUGCCCCACCUGUUGCCGCUUCUGAAAGGCCUGCUCUUCCAUCCCGAUUGGGUCGUUAAGGAGUCCGGCAUCCUCGUGUUAGGGGCUAUUGCCGAAGGCUGCAUGCAGGACAUGGUUCCCUACCUCCCCGAGCUCAUCCCUCACCUUAUCGAGUGUCUAUGUGACAAGAAGGCUCUGGUACGCUCCAUUGCCUGCUGGACCCUUAGUCGUUACGCACAUUGGGUAGUCUCCCAGCCUUCCGACUCCUACCUCAAGCCCCUAAUGUCAAAGCUUCUGACAUGCAUCCUCGAUGCAAACAAGAGGGUUCAAGAAGCUGCCUGCAGCGCGUUUGCCACCUUAGAAGAGGAGGCAUGCACAGAGCUUGUACCAUAUUUGAGCUUCAUCUUGGAUACGCUGGUUUUUGCCUUUGGAAAGUACCAGCACAAGAAUCUCCUCAUCCUCUAUGAUGCCAUUGGAACUUUGGCAGACUCGGUUGGUCACCACCUUAAUCAGCCUGAGUACAUUCAAAAGCUGAUGCCCCCUCUUAUUGCAAAGUGGAAUGAGCUCAAAGACGAAGACAAGGAUCUUUUUCCGCUCUUGGAGUGUUUGUCUUCAGUCGCUACUGCACUCCAGAGUGGGUUCCUGCCUUACCGUGAACCUGUCUACCAGCGUUGUGUCACACUUGUCCAGAAGACUUUAGCUCAGUCUAUGAUGUACAACCAGCACCCAGACCAGUAUGAGUCUCCUGAAAAGGAUUUCAUGAUUGUGGCCCUGGAUCUGCUAAGUGGGCUGGCUGAGGGUUUGGGAAGUCAUGUGGAACAGCUUGUGGCCCGGUCCAAUAUCAUGACACUGCUUUUCCAGUGCAUGCAGGAUGCAAUGCCUGAAGUGAGGCAAAGCUCCUUUGCUCUAUUAGGAGAUUUAACAAAGGUCUGCUUCCUCCACGUUAAGCCCUGCAUUGCUGAGUUCAUGCCCAUUCUCGGCCUCAAUCUGAACCCAGAUUUUAUUUCCGUGUGUAACAAUGCUACCUGGGCCAUUGGGGAAAUUGCCAUGCAAAUGGGUGCAGAGAUGCAGCUUUAUGUUGGAGUGGUUUUGCCACCCCUGGUGGAGAUCAUUAAUACACCCAACACAACAAAGACCUUGUUGGAAAACACAGCCAUUACAAUAGGAAGACUGGGUUACGUCUGUCCACAGGAAGUGGCGCCACAGCUUCAACAUUUUAUUAGGCCAUGGUGCACAUCACUGAGGAAUAUCAGAGAUAAUGAAGAGAAAGAUUCAGCCUUCCGUGGAAUCUGCGUAAUGAUUGGCGUCAACCCAGCCGGCGUUGUGCAGGACUUCAUUUUCUUUUGUGAUGCUGUGGCCUCCUGGGUCAACCCAAAGGAUGAUCUGAGAGACAUGAUUUAUAAGAUCCUGCAUGGGUUCAAGGACCAGGUCGGUCAAGAGAACUGGCAGCAGUUCUCAGAGCAGUUCCCUCCGUUGUUGAAGGAGCGUCUGUCAGUGUGCUAUGGCGUCUGACAAGUCUACACUGGAUGCUGACCUGUUUGGUUAACAUAGGGAAGGGUUUCCAGGGGACUCAUUGCACUGCCCAGCACAGCACGGAGGAACAAACUGGGGGGAUAUGACAGGACUGCACUUGGCAGAGGGUCCCCUCCGUCCCUUUCCCUGAGCCCCGCUUUUGUGUGGGAGGGUGGGAGGAGGGUGGUGAGGGAGGGACAAUUUAGGGAUAUACGUAUACCUCUUGGAUUUCUUGCCUCACAAAAUCCAACAUGCUCAAAAGUGGCUUUCAGCCAUAGCACCACAGGGAUUGAAUUUGGUUGGAAAAAUGAGGCUGGGUUUGAUCUCUCCCCCCUCAAUUUAAUCAUUUCACUACAGUGUUGAAGGGAGGGGGAUGUCGGGAUAAGUACAUUAAAAUGAAUCAUGGGAACCAGCAUAGGGUACCAGAAUUCCAAAUCUCCCAAAUGCACAUCGUCGUUAUAUUGACGUGGAUACAUCAUUGUGUGAAAACGGGGUUGCGUGACUUUAUUACAAGUCACCUCUUGGCCAGAUCUUUGCCAGAGGCUAAAUGAAAGAUGCUUUAUGCAGGACGUUUGCCUAAAUAUUUGCACCUUUUUAGUGGAAAUACUGCAUUAACUCUUAAUGUCCAUCUACCUGGGUCUAUUCUGCUCAUCUAUACAUUUAUUCAGUUCUAAUCUGAGCACCUCAAAAAUGAUGCAUGUUGAAUAUCUCAUUUAUAUAGUCAUACUAGGGUGACUGCCAUAAUUUGUAGCAAUCAUGCUGCUUAGUUUUUUUAAUUUUAGGUCCCCUUUCAACAUUUAUUUGAAAUGUUGGCGUCCCUGUUGUUCAAAGGAGGUUGCGUGAAUACAAACUAUAGGUAGGAAGACCUGAAAACUAGGCAGGUUAAGGAUUCUUCUGCUGCUGCUUAAUUUCUUGACGAACUUUCAAAACGGAUGUAAUAAGAAAUAAGCCGUCAAGAAUAACUAGGUCCUGAUAUAAAUGCACUUUCUUUUGUAAGAAUUAGAAUUUAAAUGUAUAAACUGAUCUUCAGGGGUUAUUUCUGAUAAGGGAUUCGAGGACUGUAUUGAUUGGUAAAAUUGUUUUAAGCAAUGAUAGGUAAUACUUGAGGCCUCUUAAUAUAGGAAUAAAAAUUUAUCUUAUCGGAAAAUGUAGAUUGAAGAGGUACUAUCACCGUAUUUUGCAUGCCCCAGUGCAGCUCUUCAUUUUGGUUUUUUUUUUUUUUUUUUAAAUCCAUUUGUAGAGGCAAAUGGGACUCAUUACAAAGAUGUCAACAUUUGUGCAUGCUUUCCCAAUGAGUUUUACUCUUUUUAGACAUUUUAUAAUUUGUCCCUUUUUCGGAGGGAAUCUCCCUUAAAGAGAUUUGUUGACGGCAGUAUAAUGUUGACGCUGGAUUAAUGGGGAACUGUUCCUGCAUUUGCUCCAACUAGUAAUAAUUGCCAGCUGACAUGUUAUUCCACGUUGAAACUGUGUACAUUAUGCUUGGAAAUACACUGAUCCUAAUAGUUUUACCUGACACUGGAUAGCUGGAAAGUGGUUUUUUUUUUUUUUUUAAAUCCAGCUUUGUCUUCUACCCAUUGUCCAUAGUGGACGAUUGUAUUGGAAGUGUGUAUGGCUUUUAGCCCGAGGGUGUGUCGCUAUGAAGGUGUGUACGAGAGUAUUGCUUGCAUGUUGUUUUGCACCAGCCCUACCCUAAGGUUAUGUGCCAGGCAUAGUAGGGGAAGGAAGUAUUUGUGUGGCCACUGCCAAUAUCAAAGUUUGCCUGACAGUUAAACGCAGGCUAAGCUUCUGAUAGGAUGACUGCAUGGAAAAGAAAAAAAAUACUCCCAUCAUAUUUUGUCCCAGAGUAUUGGUUAGCUUUAUGAUUUUUUUUUAAUUUUUAUUUUAAAUCAAGCGUUUUUGGUAUGAACUUUUGUAGCAUGAUUUCAAUGGCUCAUUUAAAGCUGCUAAAACACUCAAGAUGCUGUCAUCACUUAUUUGGUAGGCAGGAAUUGAGGCAGGUGGUAAUCUUUGCACAUUUGUUGUGAAGAUUUUUAUUUUUUUUUUUGGGUUUUUAUGCUUGUAAUAUUUUAAUUUAUUUUUUGUUUUUGUGCGAUCUGCACAAAUUUUUUUUUUUGGACUUUAAAAGUUUUUUUUUUUUUUUUACCUUUUUUAUUCUUUUCAUUUAAAGAAAUAUUCGUUGUAUGGUGUUGACCAUUUAAUUACAUCAAAUUUGAUGAUGUGGUUGACUGAAGGAAUCCAGGCUUGGCGCAUACCUUAGGGAAGACAACUGAUUUAUAACUAAAUAUAUCAAGGCUGGAGAGUUUUACCGCCCUUUUUCGUUCUGUGGUGCAGGUGGGAUGUUUGCAAAUGUACUCCUUUUUAAUGUUUUCAACGGGGUAAAAUAAAACUUUUCUAUUACACUGUGUACCCAAUUAUUAUGCAGAUAUGAUUUCAGUUUGGAGGUCCGCCCCCCCCAGGGAAAGUUUUUCUCUUUUACUGUAUUUAAAACCCCAUAUAAUUUUUCUG